AAUCUAUUAUCUAUUCAGUCCUGGAAGCGUUAGUUUUUCUGAGUCCCUUAUUGGAGAAGCAUUAAUGUUUUCUUCUUCUUUUCUUUUUUGUUUUUUCAUUUUUCAUACAUUAGAUGAAUGGAUUUUCCGAAAAAUAAAAGAGAGGGAAGAGAAAAUCAAGCCGCGAUUUAUAGUGGUUCCUCCAACCCGGAGUACGUCCACUCCCCAAGCCUCCUUGCUCGAGAGUCCAAUCCACUAGAAAUCUCUUGCUUACGGGUGCAAGAUUAAACCGGAACAAACUCUUGCUUACGGGUGCAAGAUUAAACCGUUACAAGUGAAUCUCAACUCACUCAACCCCUUCAAGGAUUAACCCAAUCCAAGAAGAAUACAAAACCCUUGUAAGACAAUAUACCCAAAAGCCUCACAAGAAGAAAAGAAGAAGGAAACCCAGAACAAUAUCAAACUAUAUUUUCUGCAGCAGUCGUCCUUCUUUUUUCUGUCUUUUUCCAGAUCUGAUUUUUGGUCAUUUUAAUAGAGAUUUGGAGCCUUGCAAUUAAAGUCCCUUCAAAGCCACCUCACAAAAGCUCCAAUAAGGUUCCACCUUUUUCUUCUAACUUGUCUUGGAAAGUGCUAAGGCAUUUAGAUCCCCUAUGACCCAUUAAGAGUAAACAGAUAGUUGAGCUGUCAAAAUUAACUUUCCAGAAUUUUUGUUGGUGAUAAUGAAAAUGAAGGAAACAGAAAUGGGGUUGGAGGGUGUGGUGAAGAAAGGCAUGGAGUUGGGGGAGAUGGCAUUCAACAAAGAUGGUGGAGUCAUCAACUGGUUCUCCGCUCACAUGGCUGCUGCCACCCGCGCCAUCCGCCAAUGCCUCAAGCUCUCCAUCCCCGUCAUCAAAUUCGAGGUGCGGGAUGCUGAAGCACAAGCUGCAAAGGCCGAGAACGAAGUGCAGAACUCAACCACGAGCUGCAGAGCUCAAAUGCAGAAGUCCGAGGUGCGGGAUGCUGAAGCACGAACUCCAAAGGCCGAGAACGAAGUGCGGGAUGCUAAAGCACAAGCUGCAAAGGCCGAGAACGAAGUGCAGAACUCAACCACGAGCUGCAGAGCUCAAAUGCAGAAGUCCGAGGUGCAGGAUGCUGAAGCACGAGCUCCAAAGGCCGAGAACGAAGUGCGGGAUGCUGAAGCACGAGCUGCAAAGGCCGAGAACGAAAGCUCAAACACUUGCUGCCGAGGUCGAGCACAAAGUGCAGAAAUCAAACACAAGCUGCCGAGGUCAAGCACAAAGUGCAGGGAUCGAGCACGAAGUGCAGAGCUCAAACAUGAGUUGCCGAGGUCAACCAUGAGCUGCAGAGCUCAAACACUUGCUGCCGAGGUCGAGCACGAAGUGCAGAACUUGAGCACAAGUUGUAGAGCUCCAACACUUGCUUCCGAGCUCAACUACGAGCUGCAGAGGUCAAGCAUGAAGUGCAGAGCUCCAACACGAGCUUCUGAGCUCAACCACAAGCUGCAGAGGUCAAGCAUGAAGCUGCAGAGCACAAACACGAGCUGCCGAGGUCAACCAUGAGCUGCGAAGAUUGUUAUGUAGUUUGUGUGGAUGAUUUUCUCUCUGGUUUUAUCGCUUUAUUGUUUCAAACUUUUCUACAAUGUUGGCUUCAGAAGGGUUUUGGGAGUUUCUUGUUUCUUGUUUGGCUUUAAUAAUCAUAAUAACUAUGGCUGCAUCAGAGUUGCAUGGUAGAAUUUUCAAGUCUCUUAUGAUUUUUGUUAUGGCUCUCAAUUUUCUUUUCUAUGAUUAACCCAUCAUGAAACAAGUAUGUAUCUAAUCCUUUGGUAAUUUAAAUUAAUGCCAUCUCAUUAG